GACAGCAGCUGUGCGCAGGCGCAGGGAGACUGCGGGACUGGGCUGAGGGCUGGCGACGCGGAGCUACGGGAUCGGUCCGAGAUGGCAGAGGUGGAGGAGACACUGAAACGACUUCAGAGCCAGAAGGGUGUGCAGGGAAUCAUCGUGGUGAACACAGAAGGCAUUCCCAUCAAGAGCACCAUGGAUAAUCCCACCACCACACAGUACGCCAACCUCAUGCACAACUUCAUCUUGAAAGCCCGGAGCACCGUGCGCGAAAUUGACCCCCAGAAUGACCUCACCUUCCUUCGAAUUCGCUCCAAGAAAAAUGAAAUUAUGGUUGCACCAGAUAAAGACUAUUUCCUGAUUGUGAUUCAGAAUCCAACGGAAUAAGCCGCUGUCUUGGCUCCCUGUGUCAUUCCUUAAUUUAAUGCCCCUCAAGAAUAAUAGCGUUAAUCAUGUCAACUGACUGGCAUGUGGAAGACACCGUAGAGCCCUCUCAGACCAGUCUGUGACCAGGGGUUGGCUGCAGCUCCACCUACCCCGCCACAGUCAUCCCUCUGCUGGCCAAUCGCCCCUGAUUUUCCAGGAGGAAAAUCAUGUCCAGGUUUUGGAGAAGCCCACACCCUGUUUCCUUCUGACUUUGAGUUCACUUUGUCGCCCUUGGAAAAGGCUGUUUUUCUUUAACUAAACAUAACCAAAACGCUUA